AUGCAAGUCAAACCUCAACCCUUAUGCGGGUCGUCGGCGCAUCUUCCCCUCUUGGAAUGCACUCCGGUCGAGGGCCCGUCCCAGCAUCAAGGCGUCCUUCGAAAGCAUCGCGCUGAGCGAUCUUACAAAAGUCACAACGUCACGGCUCCACCACAACGGCAACGAGGCAGUCUGAGUCCGUCCGAGAACGCUUACGCGCAGCAGUGCGUCACUACAGGAACCUACUACACUGGUAAUGUACACGCACAACACAUUGGGCUUGCGGGCUUUGUAGUCGGAAGGUCGGAGAAGCAGAUCAGAUGUGAACUUGGUCGACUGUACAAAUUACUUCAACGAUCGGAAAAAUACCAGGCCUAUCGAGAGAAGCAGCCCGCUCUUACACCGGCUGAAGUUAUUGCAAGAGAUGCAACGGAGAGGAAGGAGCAGGAAAGGAGAAAAGCGGAGGGUCUUCAGCAAGAGAAGGACAAGACUGUCUGGCCCGAUUUCAUAGAGCAUGCCUUCUGGACAGCACUCGUAAGAUGGCCACCAAUGGGUCGAAAGAAAUACAUGCUCGAGGGCACACAGCGAGGGCGAAACGAGCUGAUCCAAGAUUCCAUCCACAGGGAUACAGGUAUCAGACGCGACCGUAAACAGAUUUCCAGUCACCUCCAGGUGCUCAAGCAAAAGCUCAGAGCUGUUCCUGCUGUCCUUCUCUAUAUGGCCACACCAGAGGACGUAACGAAGCGCCGAUGCGCGAGCGCACCCAUUCGUACAUGUCAUUCGUCACAUAUGCGUGGCCGCCAACAUGCGCAGCGCACUGAUUCCGUUGCCAAAUAUGAGUACAACAUGGCCUCACCGCACGUGUGGCCGCAUCUCGUCGACCCACACCAGGACCUCGCCUUGGGUUUCGGCCCUGAAAUUCGCUCGCUAUCAUCGCUCUUCACACUCACAGACCUUAGCCUGGUCGUUGACGGUGAUGACCAGCCUGUGCACUGUUCGAUUGAAGCGCACUCGAACAGCAAGCUCGAUGAAUGGGAUAUCGCAGAUCUUGCCUCCUGGCAUCACCAAUACCCUGAACUUGGCUUCUUGCAAUCCGAAACGGAUGACUGGAUGAGGAACGGUCGCAACGUCUUGGUCUGCACCGCACCCAUCAAGCUGAUGGCAGAAGUACGGCUAGAGGCUGACCUGACCAUCGCAUUCGAUCUCUACUCGCAUCUUGAUCUCUCCAGAUAUGAAUAUAUGGAAUGCAUGAUGCGAUUCUACGACGACGGACAAGGUUUUGUCGAUUCGGAACUUGACAGCAUGACUCAUGAUGGAAAAGAACAUCGCACGUCAUGUGAGUACCGGCCAGAUUCUUAUGGAUCCAAAGGCGUUUUGCGUGUCAAGUUCGACGCUGCCUUUUGGUUGACAUGGAUGAAACGAUGUGGUAACAUGAGCUACAGAGAUGACAGAAAUGUCCAAAACCCACGCCUCACAGCAGUACAGGAUAUAUACGGUAUCAUACCUGGCACCAACGAGGCUCAAUGUCUCUGCACCGUCCUUUGGAGAUUUCAGCGGACGAGGAGCUCAGCGGAAGCUGACAGCAUGAAGUGGCGUCCUUUCAAUUUCGUUAAGAAUCGGUCAGCUGCAGAAGCGAGAUGGUGCGAUGAGGCGGAAGACUACCAUGAAGAUCUGGGAGAUGUGGAGGGUGAGCAUGGGCAAGUCACAGAUGUGCCGACAUCCACUCCUACGAACGUCAUGUCAUAUUACCAAACUCCACAGCUACCACCGGACUUGGUACAAACACAUACAUCGAAUCACUCACAUGAGAUUGAGUCUCAUCAUGAACGUCAUCCACCGCCACUUUCUAUCGAUAUACUUGGAUCCAUGCAAUCAGAUUUAGACCAUCUAGAUGGCUCUGCGGCUACCACUACAACAGGCUUCUCACAGCAAAGUUUCGCACUGCCACGUAAUCAAGCUACGUUAUCGUCGAGCGCGCACGACAGCGACUUCAACUUCAGCGAUGGUCACAUGACUAUCAACGAUGUCUUUGAGCCUGCUAUAAACAUAUCGGCUUAUGGAAGCUUUCUAAGCCAGGACGCUGGACUCAAAGGGUUGCAUUCACUUGCUGGCCUGGAACACGAUGAGUUUGCGGCUAUGGGACUUGCUAUAGGCGAACAUGGCCAGUUAGUCCCUGUGAACGCAAAUGACCUGCAGACUCCUCCCGAUCUAGCUUGCUUUCCAAUCAAACCCAACUGGCAACACCUACACCUCAUAUCGCAUCUCGAGCAUGCAGCUGAGCAGUAUGGUCCCUACAUUAACCCCUGCGAGUUUACAAAGCCAACACAAGACCAUGAAAACUUACAUGGCCACGAUGUUUAUCAACGAAUCAAUCAAAGAGAGGAGUCGGUGGCAACUGGUCUUCAUGGUGUGCACGCUCAGGCCGGUCAUAGCCUAUGGGACUUGCAAGGGCUGCAGAGAUCAUUCGAGGAGAGGACUAGCAGUUGGAUGCAUCACCAGAAAGAGCAAGCACAUAUUUCCGAGUUUGGUGUGCCAGAUCUGAUUGAGAAGAAUCAAAGGGAUAAAGGCUAUUAG